AUGAAAGCCUUGCGUCUCGCCACUAAUAACGAAGCUUUGCUCAUGCUCAAUCAUAACCGCACUACUAUGGAGAAACAAUAUAAGAUCAAUGAAAAUGAUGAGGAAUAUGAUGAGGGUUUGGUAUUCAAGUGUGCUACUUGUCCAAGUCCUUCGGAUGAUCAAUGGGAAGAUGUUUUGGAGAAUUCCAAGAAUCACAUAGAAGAUGAUCAACAACAACAAAGAAUAGAACAAUGUAAUGACUGCGAUGAAGAUGAAUUAAGUAAGGAUUCAUCUUUGGAUGAAGCUGUUCAUGAUCUUGAAUAUAUAGAGUCAACUUGCUCAAUGAUUCAAAAUUCAGCUUCAUCAAUUGCCUCACCUGUGAAUGGUCCUACAGCAGCUGUCAAUUCAAGAAAAGUACACCAUCUGUCAAGUCCAAAAUCAAACAAGCAUUUCUAUAAUCACAAGAGGAAUUACAAAAGGUCAAUUUCUUCUCCAUCUUUCCUUCUCAAUCAUAAGGCUGGAAAUUCAUUAUUUGAAACAAACACUUUUGAGUUUGUUCUUGUAAAUACUGAGGAGCAUGAUAGCUCUUCCUCAUCCUGUUGUAAAUAUAAUGAAAAGAUAGAGAAUAGAGAUCAGAAAGCUAUGGAAAUAUGUAAAAACAAGUCGUGUGCUCCUCUCGAUGUGGUUCUAGAGAGAUUGGAAUAUAAAUUGCAAAAGAUUGAAAAGUUGGAGAAGAAAUCUCAACAAGAGGAAGAAAUCAAACAGAGAUAUGUCAAUGUAAAGAAAAAGUUUUUGAGAAUGCUUGAACUUGGAAUGGUGACAUCUCAGAGAGAAUCACAGAAUAGUCCACCUGAUGAUUCCAUAGAUAUUCUACAUAAGGCUAAGCAUAACAAGAAGGCAAUUCUCUAUUUGCAAUCACCUGAAAAGUUUAGUCACUUUUUAUCGAGAAAGGCAUUGAAAUAUUAUUACAAAUUGUGUCAGAUUGCAAGAUAUGGAACACCCAAGUCAGAGUUUGCAGCCACAAGAAUUUUGGACAAUCUCUUUCUAGGUGAUAUUGAUGAUGCAUUCAAUGAACCAGUUUUAAAGCAACUUGGAAUUACUCACAUUGUCACUUGUGUGAAAUCCUUGGAGCCAAUUUACCCUGAGAAGGGAUUCGAAGAAGGCAAUAAGUUCUGGAUCGUCAGUGUUGGUUCAUUGCAUGAAGGGAAAAUCAAGAUCUGCCUCUGUAUUGAUAUCCUAUCUGAUGAAAAAGAAUGA